CGCACUUGUAUAAAAACAAUCACAUUGCGCUAGCUAGGUUAAUUGCUUACGACGUCACUAAACUCUCCCUUGAAACUUGUCUCUUCCUUCUCAAGCAAACAUGAGACCUCCUCUAACUGGUGGACGUGGUGGUGGUGGGUUCAGCGGUGGACGUGGUGGCGGUGGGUUUAGUGGUGGACGGGGAGGUAGCUCUGGAGGUAGAGGAAGAGGUUUUGGAGACCGUGGACGCGGCAGAGGCAUGAGAGGAAGAGGUAGAGGAGAGCCUGGUCGCGGAAGAGGAGCACCAGGACGUGGAGGAAUGAAGGGAGGCAGCAAAGUGAUUGUGGAGCCACACAGACACGCUGGAGUGUUCAUUGCAAAGAGUAAAGAAGAUGCUCUUGUUACUAAAAACUUGGUUCCUGGUGAAGCUGUUUACAACGAGAAGAGAAUCUCUGUUCAGAAUGAGGAUGGAACCAAGACUGAGUACAGGGUGUGGAACCCUUUCCGUUCUAAGUUGGCCGCUGCUAUUCUCGGUGGUGUUGAUAACAUUUAUAUCAUACCUGGUGCUAAAGUUCUAUACCUUGGUGCUGCCUCUGGAACUACAGUCUCCCAUGUAUCUGAUAUUGUUGGACCUGAGGGAUGUGUUUACGCGGUUGAGUUUUCUCACAGAAGUGGUAGAGACUUGGUGAACAUGGCUAAGAAGAGAACUAAUGUUAUUCCCAUCAUUGAAGAUGCUAGACACCCUACUAAAUACAGAAUGCUCGUAGGCAUGGUUGAUGUUAUCUUCGCUGAUGUUGCUCAGCCUGAUCAGGCUAGGAUCGUGGCUUUGAAUGCAAAUUUCUUCCUCAAAACAGGAGGUCACUUUGUUAUCUCAAUCAAGGCUAACUGUAUCGAUUCAACAGUUCCAGCAGAAGCUGUGUUUCAGAGCGAAGUGAAGAAGCUGCAACAAGAGCAGUUCAAGCCAGCAGAGCAAGUGACUCUUGAGCCAUUUGAGCGUGACCAUGCUUGCGUCGUUGGUACCUACCGUGCGCCUAAGAAGGUCAAGGCUGCUACUGCUGCUUAGUAGUUCAGAGAUUCCUUCUUUUUUUUUUUUAGAUUUGGUUCACUCCUUUUUUGUUCCUCAGAUUUUGCUUCUAUCUUUCCUCCCUUUAGAAUCUCUAAGGUUUUAGGUUUUUUAUCCAAGUUUUGAGUAUGUAUACUUUUUGAACCUUGUUACUAAUCUAUUUUUUGUUUGUUCA